UCAGUGUCGCUGUGCGCGGCGAGCGGGCAAGCGGUGGGCGGUACUCAUACCCAGUUAAAUACCAAAAAAUUAUAAAAGCGGGCGGCGCAGCCGAGGAAGCCGUUAGAAAGGAACGAUGCGGUUCAGCGGCUACAACCGUUAUCAGUGCUUCUGCUCGGCGGUUGCCUCGCUUCUGCUCUGCUUCGCGGUCGGCGCUGCGCUGACGCGGGCAGACGACGUCGACAGCGACGCCGGCGGCGCCAGCAGGAAGUGGCUAUGCAGCCGAACGGACAUAUGCACCUCGGAGGCGGAGAAGGUGACCGGGCUGCAGUACGCGCCGGAGAUCUUCGAGAGCCAGCGUGACUGCCGACUGUCCUGCGGCAAGUACGGGGCCAUCUGGCCGAUGCCCACGGGCAAGGAGUGCACCAUUGCGCACGGCCGGGUGCGGUUCGAUCCGUGGAAGGUGCGCUUCCAUGUGGUGGCGCCCGGCGAGGCGGCCACCCAGUUCCUACGGGAGACGAACCGACUGUUCGUCUCGAAUCUGCUGAAGGAGUGCAUCCGCAACUGCACGCUGGAGAGCAGCAAACAGAUCCUGGUCAGGUCCACGGUGACCAACGAUAGCCUCACCCUGGACUGGCCCACGGACGAGAGCUACGCCCUGGUGGUGCGCACCACGGACACGGCCACCUUUGUGGACAUCCAGGCGAGCACGGUGUACGGAGCACGGCAUGCCUUCGAGACGCUGAGCAACCUGGUCACCGGCAGCCUGUCCAAUGGCCUGCUCAUGGUGACCCGGGCCAAUAUCACCGACCGUCCGGCCUUUCCCCAUCGCGGGGUGCUGCUGGACACGGCCAGGAACUUUGUGCCGCUCAAGUUCAUCCGCAGUACCUUGGAUGCCAUGGCGGCCAGCAAGCUGAACGUGCUCCACUGGCAUGUGGUCGACACGCAUAGUUUUCCGCUGGAGAUCACCAGGGUGCCGGAAAUGCAGCGCUAUGGAGCGUACUCCUCGUCGCAGACGUACUCCCGCCAGGAUGCCAUCAACCUGGUCAAGUACGCCCGCCUGCGUGGCAUUCGCAUACUGAUCGAGAUCGAUGGGCCCUCGCAUGCGGGCAAUGGCUGGCAGUGGGGUCCUGCCGCCGGACUGGGCAACAUGUCCGUGUGCCUCAAUCAGUCGCCCUGGCGGAGAUUCUGCGUGCAGCCGCCAUGCGGCCAGCUUAAUCCCCUCAACGAUCACAUGUACGCCGUGCUGAAGGAGAUUCUCGAGGAUGUGGCCGAGGUGGGGGCGCCAGAGGAGACGCUGCACAUGGGCGGCGACGAGGUUUUCCUGCCCUGCUGGAACAACACCGAGGAGAUACGCGACGGAAUGCGAGCACGCGGCUACGAUCUCAGCGAGCAGAGCUUCCUGCGCCUGUGGUCACAGUUCCACCAGAAGAACCUCAAUGCCUGGGACGAGAUCAACGAGCGCAUGUAUCCGGGCAUCAAGGAGCCCAAGUCGGUGAUCAUCUGGUCCAGCCACCUCACCAAUCCCCGCUACAUCGAGGCCUAUUUGCCCAAGGAGCGAUUCAUUAUUCAGACGUGGGUUGAGUCGCAGGACGCCCUUAACCGGGAGCUCCUGCAGCGGGGCUACCGGCUGAUUGUGUCCACGAAGAACGCCUGGUACCUGGACCACGGAUUCUGGGGCAGCACCUCGUACUACAACUGGCGUACGGUCUACUCCAGUGGCAUGCCCGUGGGACGCAGCCAGGAUCAGGUUCUCGGCGGCGAGGUGUGCAUGUGGAGCGAGUAUGUGGAUCAGAACUCACUGGAAUCCCGCAUCUGGCCGCGAGCCGGAGCAGCAGCCGAGCGCCUGUGGUCCAAUCCCAAAUCGUCUGCCCUGCUGGCCCAGCGUAGGUUCUACCGCUACCGGGAGCGACUCCUGGCCCGAGGAAUCCACGCGGACGCGGUAAUUCCACACUGGUGCGUCCUCCACGAGGGACAGUGCCUCUGAAUGGGUCACUCCCAGUUUAGUUUUAGUGCCAGCACCAGCACCGUGUACAUACCCUUCAGUCUAUGUUACUCUAUUCAUCAGUUAUUGCCCAUAAAGAUCUGUUUUUAAUCCCA